UCUAUAAAUAGUUGUUAACUACAUUUAUAUUUCAUAUCAAUUAAAUUUGCAGUAGAUCAAAGAUGAAUAUCAAGUCUUUCAUUUUCGUGUUCUUUCUCUAUGCACUAAUUUUCAUAUCUGUUGUAGCAACUGAACCAUCAAAAGAUGACGGAAAACAAAUUGGUACAUUUGAAAAUUCCAAAACCAAACUUGGAGUAAAUGAGGAUCGAGGCAUAGGAGGAAGUGGAGAUAUGGUAAAAGGGCAUAAUGAUAAUGGUUUGGGAUUUUGGAUAAAUGGAGGUGGUUGGGGAGGUUCUAUAGAAAGCGGAGAUUUUAAAGGCUCGAUAAAUAUCGGAGGAGCUCAAGGAGGAGGUGAAAACAAUGGACUUGGAGGACAAAGUGAACUAGGAAAUGAAGUAGCUUGGAGUGGAGGAGGAGAAAGUAGCGCGUUCGGGUUUGGAGGACAAAGAGAAAGAGGAAAUGAAAUAGGUUGGAGAGGAGGAGAAAAUAGUGCAUAUGGAGGACAAGGAGGAAGAAGAAAUGAAGUAAGUUGGAGAGGAGGAGAAAAUAGAGGAUUUGGAGGAGAAGAAGAGGGAGAAAGUGAAGGAUUUGCAGGACUUUGGGACCAUAAAAACUAAAUGCAUGAAUGUGUGUAUUGUAUUUCAAGAAGCAAGUAUAACAAAAGCAUGAACUCUAUCUUACUUCAUGCUUAGGCUUUAAUAGGAUGAACAUCUUUUCCUUAAGUUUUAUUUUCUUUCACCAACAUCCUUAGAUUGUAUCACUUUUAUUAUCCCAUUUUAAUAUAUUCAAAGUACCAUAGUUUCAUUUCUAA